AUGCGCUUAUUGCUACUCGCCGCGAUAUCCCCCCUUUUUCAGACCGUUACAGCAGUAACAGUCCAGAGUUACUGGAAGAUCCCCGAUGGCAACCAAAGUGAUUUCGCAUCGACAUACACUGAGGGAAACAUACUACCAACUGCAUGGAAUGGGUGGGAUUCUUCGUGGACAAACUAUUAUUUGAAUGGAACUACUAUCGCUGAUCUUUGGGUGACUUCGUAUAAUUUCAAGCAAUAUCAAUAUUCUCAGUACCCCACCGGUAAUGUCAACAUCUCGCAAGCCGGAUCCUAUAAUUGGACCAUCGAUGUCACCUCCACUGGUCUCGCGAACACCGCAGAAUACGUUCUACGCUUUAUCCAGCCAGGACAGACAUACAAUUCAAGCGCCCUUCAGAUCUCAUCCACUGGUUUCAUUAUACUGCCAAGCCAGGUGACGACGACGACGACGACGACACCAACCUCAACGAGCACACAGGCAUCAACUAGCACAACUAGUGUCAUCACACUAACACCGACAACAACAACGACAAGUGCAGCAGUUGACCCAUCUUCAUCAGUUUUAAAUAGUGGUGCCAAAGCCGGCAUCGGCGUUGGAGUGGCAGUCGGAGUCAUCGGUAUUCUUGCAUUCCUUGCAUUCAUAUUGCGACGCCGGGGGUACUUCACGCAGGAUAGUUCUGCAUUUUCAUCUUCAGAGCCGGAACAGAACUCUGUAGUAGAACCUGCCGAACUCAAUGCGACAUCUGAGGAAGCAAGCAAGAAUGAUUAUUUGCCAGUGCCUGUUCAUGAACUUUCUGGGUCUCCGCCGCUUCCGAUAGAGCUUGAUGCGAGCAAGACUUACUGA